AUGGAUGUUCAUAAUGCUUUUCUACAUGGUGACCUUGAUGAAGAGGUUUACAUGAAGUUUUUUCCUGGUUUCCGUACGGGUGAUCCGAAUAAGGUGUGUCGUCUUCGCAAGUCUCUCUAUGGGUUAAAGCAAGCUCCACGUUGUUGGUUUGCUAAGCUAGUUGAAGCCAUGAAAAUUUUUGGGUUUGUUCAAGACUACUCCGACUACUCUUUGUUUGUCUUGGCUACUAAUACUGCCCGUCUUCACGUCUUGGUUUAUGUUGACGACUUGAUUAUCACUGGGAGUUCGAUUCAUGUCGUCAACAAGUUGAAACACUAUUUGAGUUCUUGUUUUCACAUGAAGAAUUUGGGUGUUCUGCGUUAUUUCUUGGAUCUCGAAGUCGCUCGAAGUCCGUCUGGCAUUUAUCUUUGUCAGCGGAAGUAUGCUCUCGACAUCAUUGCUGAAACAGGUCUUCUAGGUGUUCGACCAACCACUUUUCCGUUGGAACAAUAUCACAAGCUCGCUUAUGCCAAAGGGUCUCUGUUUCCGGAACCUACACGAUAUCGCCGUCUUAUUGGUCGCUUGAUCUAUCUUGGUAACACGCGUCCAGAACUAUCUUAUGCCAUCCAUAUCCUCUCCCAUUUCAUGGCUUCUCCUCAACAGGCCCAUUGGGACGCCGCUCUUCGUGUAGUGUGUUACUUAAAGAAUAGUCCAGGUCAAGGCAUUCUUCUUCGAGCUAAUAAGCCUCUUACGUUAACAGCAUGGUGUGAUUCGGAUCAUGCGAAAUGUCCUUCUUCUCGUCGUUCUUUGACUAGUUAUUUUAUACAGCUCGGUGGUUCUCCUCUGUCUUGGAAGACAAGAAAACAGGAUGUUGUUUCUCGAUCUUCCACCGAAGCCGAAUACCGAGCCAUGGCGGACACCGUAAGUGAAAUCCUCUGGCUUCGUCAACUUCUUCCUUUCCUUGGUAUCCAAGUCACAGCUCCCAUUACUGUUUACUCUAGUCUAUCUGCGAUCAUGCUUGCUGCCAAUCCCGUUUUUCACGCUCGCACAAAACAUGUUGGUACGGAUUGUCAUUUUAUACGAGACGAAAUUAUACGUGGUACCAUUGCUACUCAACAUGUCUCCACUACUACUCAGCUCGCGGACAUCUUGACGAAAGCAUUGGGACAAAAACACUUUGAAGAUUUUUUGGACAAGCUCAGUGUUUGUAAUCUCCACACUCCACCUUGA